AUGGCACAACUCGGAAACAGCACGAUAGAAGACUGGACGCUGAAUCCACCUACCCAUCUAAAAGAUGCAGUCAACACAAUCAUCGCCUGCCUGGCUGUGCUUGUUAACGGCAUGGUCAUCACCGUUAUGCUGCUCAGGCGACGAGUGUUCAGCUCCUUCACGAAUCGUCUCAUCCUGCACCAGUCCUUCAUUGAUUCAAUUGCUGGAGUUAUAUUCUUCCUGCAUCUUGUCGUUAUAAAAACUAAACAAAUUUCAGUUUCCGUCGAGGGUUCCAUGACUGAUCAAUUUUUUUGUCGCUUGGUGUAUUCAGAUGUCAUGCUUUGGUGUGUCAAUAUCACAUCCACAUACAACCUUGUCAUGAUAUCGCUGGAGCGGUUUAUGGCGACUUGCCACCCGGUGAAACAUCGCAAUAGUUCAUCUGCAGCUAAGCUGAAGUUUGCAGUCGGAAUUGCUUGGGCUAUAGGCUUCAUAUUUGGCUUACAUAUCAUAUUUAUGUUUGAACCGCGCCAAGGGUAUUGCCAAUUCAUAGAAAUGGAAACAGCUUUGAAGGUUUUCGAAGCCACAAUGGUUGUGGUUAUUGAGUGUUUGAUGCCAUUUACCAUUUUGAUCUACACAUAUAGCCGGAUAAUUAUCACGCUUACCAAGAAAUCUGCACCAAUGAACGGUCCUCAGAAUGCCGUAAAUAAAGCCAAGAGAAACAUCCUCGUUACGACAAUGCUGAUAGGCAUAAUGUUUGCGGUGUGCUGGACACCACUAGAAGUGUUGUUCAUUUAUGAACAAUUUUCAGGAGAUUGGAGCACUCCAUUGUACGAUCCCUUUACCACCCUGGUUGCCUGCAACAUGUUCGUCAACCCGAUCAUUUACUUCUUCAAGUACAAUCAUUUUCGUUCUGAGUUGCGACAACUCAUCCAGAAACUACUUCGAAGAAACCGAGUAGGUGACGGGAACGGCAAUCCUCCUACGAGCUAG